AUGGGAAUCUGUUUUCUUCUAACUUUGAUAUUAUUUUUAGCGAGAUAGUUGAUUUUGUAGGAUGAUUUAGGCAUGCAUAAGCCUACUCCUCUUUAAAUCCGAACUAUUGGUGUCAAGUGUAUCUUAUUUGCUGUUUAUAUCAGGCGCCACGAAGCUCACAUCAUGAUUUUGACCAUGUUCAAUACUAGACCUUAAGUGCGUUGCGCUUGCUCCUCAAUUGACUCCAGAAUGCAUUUCACCUAAUGGUAUCCCUCUUUAGGAGUAUCAAGAGCAAAGCAGUGUCCCUUUUAGCCAAGGGUCAAGAAUCUUAGCCUAUGCUCUAAGGUUUUCCCAUAUAGCUAAAUUAAAGCUACUAUAAACCCACAAUAAUAAAAUUUUGAGGAUGGGAAUGCUCUGGAAAUGGUUUAUUCCCACGAUGCCAUUUUUAUUAUUAAUCUGUUUUCACAGAGAAAUUUACAUGAGAGAGCCUGGAACUGGGAAGCCAAUUCUUAAAUCCGACAUUUCUACAGCUGUCAGAUUAGAGAGUAUACAUAACAAAUAUAAAUUUGUCAAAAUUUUAGGUUACGGACAAUUUGGAGUGGUAAGAAAAGCUUAUAAAAUUGAAACAUCUGAAAAUCCAGAAAGUCCAAAGCGGAAAAAAUUUGCUAUUAAGUCUUUGAAUAAAGACCGAAUUAAGCGGAGCAUGGUGAUGCUUAAGCGGGAACUUGAAAUUCUUCAAACAGUGGACCAUCCUAAUAUAAUAAAGCUGUAUGAAACAUACGAAGAUAGCAAGUAUAUUCAUAUGGUUUUAGAAUAUUGCUCUGGAGGAGACAUUUUUGAUUAUUUGAUUAAGAAAGGAUCUAUAGUGGAAUCUGAAGUCGCCCGAAUAAUGCAAAAAAUGCUUUCAGCAUUGAACCACUUGCAUAGCUUGAAAAUCUGCCAUAGGGAUUUAAAGCCAGAAAAUUUUUUAUUUAUGAGCACAGAGCAUAUACAUAAAAAUGUGAUGGCAGACACCCGACCUCCUUCCAACACUAUAAGCAACGGCUCAGUGUGAAUGGGAAGGGUAGAAAGAGGCUGGUAAUCCUUUUUGCAUAUCGGGCUAGGUUUUUCUCGGGCUCUAUGAUUAUUAGAAAGAUUAGGACCAGCAAAAGCCCCGAGCGAACAAUAAAUCUCUCAAACAGGGCUCUAGAGGUGACAUCUGCUAAGAGAAACUGGGAUUUCGAUCAGGUGAUGGGUCCUUAGGUUCCAGGAGUCAUGGAAGUAAAGAUCAGUUGUGCGAAUCCUUUGUCUGUGGCAGCGAGGAAGGUGUCUGCUGAUCCCUUAGGGGACGAUGAGCAUUUAGAGGUGGAAAUCCCUAGCCCUGCCGAGGACUAAGAACUUAUUUAGUCAAAACCUUAUGAACUCAGAGCCUAACGCUGAAGUGAAAUUAGCUGAUUUCGGCAUGUCAGUGAAAUUUGGAGAAGAAGAUAUGCUAACUAAGGUUGGAACUCCUUAUUAUGUAGCUCCAGAAAUUUUACGAGGAAUUUAUGGAAAAGAGUGCGACGUCUGAUCGCUGGGCGUCGUGAUGUAUUUAUUAUUAUCAGGCCGGCAGCCUUUUUUAGCCCACAGUAUGAAUGAGCUGUUCCAAAAAAUAACGCGAGGAGACUACUCAUUUUCUUCUACAGCUUGAAGCAUGAUUUCUGAUGAUGCCAAAGAGUUAAUAUCAAAGCUUCUUGAUAUCAACCCAAGUACCAGGAUUACUAUAGCCAAUGCUCUUCAGCACAAAUGAUUUUCUAUCUUAUACCAAACCCCACAGGAAAGAAUGGUCGGCCUUGAAAUAUUUAAUUCGCUUAAAAAAUUCCGAGCUCCAAGCAAGCUGUGGCAAGAAGCAAUGAAGGUCUUUGUUAGGAAUCUGUCUGAAGAGGAGCUUAAUGAGCUUCAAGGAGCCUUUAAAUUAAUUGAUAGAAGUAAUACAGGGUUUAUUACAGUUGAGGAUAUUGCUGUAGCGAUGAAAGGAAAUGGAUAUACAAUUUUAGGAGGGGAAUUUACAAAAUUAAUGCAGAAUGUUGAUUAUAUUGGGAAGGGAAAAUUGAAUUAUACGCAGUUUUUAAUAGCGGCGAUGGAUAGAAAAAGGCUAAUUGAUGAAGAAGGAAUGUGGAUAGUCUUCAAACAUUUUGACAUGGUAACCAUCAUAUAGAAUAAUGACGGCCGAAUCUGUGUAGACGAGCUAAAAUUUGCUCUUGAAAAAGCUGGAUGCUAUAUUUCACAAGAAGAUUUCGAAGAAAUCAUAAAGGAAUUCCAGCUAAAAGUCGGUGAUUUUAUGAGUUUUGACGAGUUUAAGCAGAUUAUGAUGUGCUUUUCAAGUGAAAAUUCAGAAGUGGGCACUGAGCUAGAAGAAGAUGAAGACAAGCAAAGAAAAGGCACAAAAAGACUAUCCCAAAGGAGACUUACCAAUAGAAGAAGAACCGCCUUUGAUGAUGUUUCUCCAAUUUCUCCUAGAAACCUGAAAGACCGCAUAAGAAGAAUAACAGACAUACAUUAA